GGCGCUAGUCGUGUUGGACUUGAAAAUGUAACCUUAAAGUUUAACGAUUCUAAGGUAGCGUUGAGUAUAUAAGAUCUGGCAAAGCUUAUGACUUUGACUUGUCAUGAAUUGUUUCAAGCCAAUAAUUAAAAAUAAAAAUCAUCUAUGUUUCCGAUAUUUAAAAUUAUAAUUUUUUGUUAAAAUAAAAAAAUUAUUUUAUGAAGACAUUUAAAUAUAUAAAAAAAAAAAGAUGGCCUUAUAUGAUAACCAACAUUGGCUAUUAUCUCAUAUAAGAGAUAGUUUUUUGUCCACAGAUGACACAGGUAUGUGUGAGAUGGUUAUGUUAGGUGAAGAUAUACCGAAAGAACUUAGGUCGAAUGGAACAUUACAAUGUUAUCCUGGAAUGGAAGAAAGCGACGAUGAAGAUCUGGAUGCAUUAGCUGAAUCAUAUGACAUACAAAUGGAUAUGGAAUUUAGUCAUAGACAACGUUCUAAUACAGCUCAAAGAUUAGAAAAAAUGGACUUAGAGAGAAAGAAAGCAGCUAAAAUAAAGCACGUAAAAUGGGAGCACAAACCGAAUCUUCUUUCACUUGCCGAACAAUCAAAAUUAUUUCAAAGAAAGGACUUCCGUAAAAAAAAUACGACUACAAGCAAAAGGCUUUCCCUUUUAUCCGAACAAAUAGAAAAAUGUCCCAAUUUACCUCAAAAUCCUUUUACAGAAUAUGCAAAAUUUGAUGGCAAUUCACAAGUUGGUAUUCCUAUUAGAAAAUAUAGAAUCUUUAUGUGUAUGUUACCUAAGGAAGAAAGAACUUAUCCUUUGCAAAUUGUAGUUAUUGCCGCAGCAAAAGUAUUGGAAUUUAUUGGGCUCAUAUGUUAUAAAUAUGCAAGUGAACAUCCUAACCAUAGUUUAAAGGAAGAUAUUACAAAAUAUGGUUUAUAUAUUACUGAAGAUGAUGGAGAGGUAGAUUGGGACUUUCCUUGUUUAGAUCCAAGAGAAAUAAUAUCCAAAUUUGAAUUCACAACAUUAGGUCUUGUUGAAAUGAAACCAAGUGAUAGAGCACGACAUAAUACGAUAAAACAUAUUGAAACAGAAGUCAAUGAAGAAUUGGAAGGCAAUAACAAAGAACAAGAAGAAGUAGCAAAAGAUUUAGCCAAGAUGGAAGGUCAUACAACAGCAAUGGAAGCUCCAUUGUAUCAAUCAUAUAGAGUAUACAUAAUAAAUAAAGUGAGAGCAAAGACUGAAAUUCACCUUGGAAUAUCGGGUGAGAAGAUUGAGAUUGAUCCAGUGAUAACGGGAAAAGGUGCCAGUCGAUUCUGGAAUAGACAACGGGCAGUUAGUUAUCAUAUAGAUAACAUUGCGUGGUGUGAAAUAACUGAAAACAAAGGAUCAAAAACAAUAUUUACAUUGGUUUAUACUCCACAUUCUUCUACUCUAGACAGUUUAAGUGCAUCAUCCAGUCAAACGCAUUCUCUUCAUCAGUCAGCAUCAUUUAAAAAUCAUGAUUUUGAAGCAGAUUCAAUGACAGCAGAAGAAAUUGUAAGAAAAAUAAAUCACAUUUUAGAAUUACAUAGUAGUACAUCAAGAAAAGAAUACCUGGCCCAGAAGGAAAGAAAGGCAGCAAGAAGGAAAAGUUUUCAUUUGCAUAGAUGACAGCUCUAUUGGUUACUAUGUUCAAUUUUACAUUAUCUAAAAUAUUAAAAUGCACGCUAUAUUAUACAAAAUGUAAAAAAUUCGGAUAAUGUAAAAAUAAGUUACAAUUCUGUCAUCAUAGUGAUGACAUUUAGAAAAGCUUUCUACCAAAGACAUUGUUCAUACUAUUUUAAAUAUUCGAAAUUAAUUAUUCAUUAGUAGAAAUUGUUUUCCCUCAAACAUUUUAUAUUUCAUAUGUAUAUUGAUAUAUUGUGUAAAACACUAUAAAUCAUAAUACAUAUGCAAAAUUGUACUUUUAACAGUAUUAAGGUAUGACAAAAAAAAAGUACAUCGGUAAAAAACUUGAAACAAUAUACUCUACCUAUCUUAACUAUUAUAAAUCAAUGUAAAAUAUGAUUAUAUACAUAAUGUUUUAUCUUAUUUAUAUACAAAUAUUACUAUUUACAUAAGUAAAACUCUCUAAUAAUGUUUAGAUUAAAACAUUUGUUAUCCUGA